GAGAGAGAGAGAGAGAGCGGAGCGCAUCCAGAGUGCGCAUUGAAAGACAUAUGGAAUAUUUAUUACUGGCUUUACACAAAGAAACAAACAACCCCGGAGAGUCGACCAGAGCGGGGAAGGAAUAGCUUUUUUGCAGGUGCUUUGUGUUCAAACUUUAAAUCGGACUCAGUGCGGACAGUUUAUUGAAUUUCAGAUUAUUUUGGAGUGAAGGUGUCAAGAUGGGAGGAAUAGGGUGGAACGGGCUGAUGGUGCUAGUGUGCGUCUUUUUGGCAAGCCUGGCCGCUGUCACACAAGGAAAGACGGUGAAAUAUCAGACAUUUGAGGAAGACGCACCAGGGACAGUGAUUGGAAACUUGGCCAAGGACAUCUCCUCCACCGGCUCUUCAUCGGGGGGCUCCAGGACCAAUUUCAGGAUGAUGAAACAGUUCAACUCCUCUUUCAUCCGUCUGAGGGAGAGCGACGGGCAGCUGACCAUAGGAGAGAGGAUAGACAGGGAGCGGAUCUGCAAACACACCCUGCACUGCCUCAUCGCUUUCGACGUGGUCAGCUUCUCCAAAGAGCAGUUCAAACUCAUCCACGUCGAGGUGGAGGUCAAGGACAUCAAUGACAACUCCCCCGAGUUCCCCCGGAAAGAGUCGAGUCUGGAGAUCUCCGAGAACACAGCGGUGGGCACGCGGAUCCCGCUAGACUUUGCCGUGGAUGACGAUGUUGGGGUGAACUACAUCCAAAGCUACCAGAUCUCCGUCAACAGCCACUUUUCAAUCGACGUGCUCAGCAGGGCCGACGGGGUUAAAUAUGCGGAGCUGGUGCUGAUGAAGGAGCUGGACCGGGAGACGCAGGGUACUUACGCGCUUGAGCUGGUUGCUAUGGACGGUGGCAACCCGUCCCGGACCGGAACAACGCGCAUCAACGUCAAGGUGAAAGACUACAACGACAACAGCCCGGUGUUCGACAGGAACAGCUUCUCCGUGGACCUGCCCGAGGACGCACCGGUGGGCUCCCUCUUGCUGGACCUGAACGCGGAGGACCCGGACGAGGGGCUGAACGGCGAGGUGGUGUACGGGUUCGGUAACCAGGUGCCCACAGAAAUACGACAACUCUUCAGAGUGGACAGGAAGACCGGGCGGCUCACCCUGGAGAGCCCGAUUGACUUUGAAAGUAAGACCACGUACGAGUUUGACGUCCAGGCCACCGACCUGGGUCCGAACCCGAGCCCGGCCAUCUGCAAAAUUGUAGUGCAGGUGCAGGACGUUAACGACAACGCGCCGGAGAUCUCCAUCACCCCCAUGACGUCCAUCACGGCGGGGAUAGCGUACAUCACCGAGGCGGCGGCCAGGGAGAGUUUCGUGGCUCUGGUCAGCACUUCGGACAGAGACUCCGGCGCUAACGGACAGGUGCACUGCACGCUGUACGGACACGAUCACUUCAGACUGCAGCAGGCGUACGAGGACAGCUUCAUGAUCGUGAGCACCAGCCCGUUAGACCGGGAGAAAAUCCCCGAAUAUAACCUCACAGUAGUGGCGGAGGAUCUGGGCUCCCCUCCCUUCAGAACCAUCACUCAGUACACAAUCAGACUGACGGACGAGAACGACAACGCUCCGGUGUUCAGUAAACCGGUGUAUGAGGUGGCCGUGGUGGAGAAUAACGCACCGGGCGCGUACAUCACCACGGUGGUGGCGCGGGACAUGGACAUGGGGUCAAACGGGAAGGUCAGCUACAAACUGGCGGACACAUACUUUAUGGGCUCCCCCAUCUCCACCUUCGUCUCACUGGACCCCGCCAGCGGGUCGCUUUACGCGCUCCGGAGCUUCAACUACGAGGUGAUGAAACAGCUGGAGCUCCGUAUCACGGCCAGCGACGGCGGCUCCCCUCCCCUGACCGGCAGCGCUAACGUCUAUGUGAGGAUAGUGGACCAGAACGAUAACGCACCGGUCAUCAUUCAGCCGGCGCUCAACAACGGUUCCGCUGAAGUCCUCCUGCCCCGGGACUCACCGAGCGGCUACGUCAUCACCCGGGUAGAGGCGCGGGAUGCGGAUGAGGGCGUGAACUCGGAGCUGUCCUACGGGCUGGCCACCGGUGAGCCCUCCGUGUUCUCCGUGAACAAAGCCACCGGGGAGAUCUACCUCAACCAGGUGCUCAGCCACGACGUGGACGAAACCCUGAGCGUGACCGUGACGGCGAGCGACAACGGACGGCCCGCGCUCACCUCCACCGCCACGCUCCACUUCGUCAUCAUCGCGGGCUCCCCGCCGAGCGACAGGACAGUGUACCAGUCGGGCAGCGGGGACGAGGUGCACGCGCAGUGGGACCUGUCGGUGGUGAUUAUCGUUGUGCUCGCGGGGAGCUGCACGCUCCUGCUGCUCGCCAUCAUCCUCAUCGCCACCACCUGCAACCGGCGCAAGCGGGACAAGAGCGGAGAAGACAGCGACUCGUACGGGGAGAAGGGCACGCUGGAGAGGGGCAGGAACCACGUGGCGGACAACCCGCUUCUGCCUCUCCA